UCUUCAUCGCCGGCAAAGAAGAAGAAGAAGCGCACAAGGCCCAGCUCGGGCUACGCUCCGCCCUCGACGUACGCGCAUCUGCCCGAGCUCCCCGACGCCGUCGCGCCCAACCUGCUCGUCUUCUUCAUCGGGCUGAACCCGGGCAUCGAGACGGCCCGCAGCGGCCACGCCUACGCGCACCCGUCCAACCUCUUCUGGAAGCUGCUCUACUCGAGCGGCGUGACGCCGCGCCCGUGCCACUUCAGCGAGGACAGGCGCAUGCCCGAGCUGUACGGCCUCGGCCUGACCAACAUCGUCGCGCGGCCGAGCCGCAACGGCGCCGAGCUGAGCAGGCGCGAGAUGGACGACGGCGUCGCCGCCCUCGAGGACAAGGCGCGCAGGUGGCGGCCCGAGAGCAUGUGCGUCGUCGGGAAGAGCAUCUGGGAGAGCAUCUGGCGCGUGAGGCACGGCGCGCCGGUGGGCAAGGCGUUCAAGUACGGGUGGCAGGACGAGGCGGAGAACAUGGGCGUCAUUGAGGGCGAGUGGCCGGGGGCCAGGGUGUUUGUCGCGACGAGCACGAGCGGGCUUGCGGCGUCCAUGUCGCCGGCUGAGAAGCAGGCCGUAUGGAACCAGUUGGGGUCCUGGGUCAAGAGGCGGCGAGCUGAGAGGGAG